CUGAUGUCUCUCCACGUCGAUUCCACGAAGCUCUGAAGAAAAUUAUUGAUGGGAAUAAUCAAGUGGAAACCAUUCACAUAGGGGACAGCAGUUACUUCUUCCACUGUGAAGAAAUUGACAAAAGUAUCCAUCAGUUUCGAACUCUGAGGAACACCAUGCUUGCUAGUCUGAAAGAACCGGUCAGCUCGGCCGCUCUGGAAUCAGCUCGGCUCAGUGCUGGGAAAGGCCUCCACAUCCUCCAGAAAUUCUACAGCAACACCAACUGGAUUGAAAUGGGGAACACGGAUCCAUACGAAUUCCUGUUAAAUGAAGACAGUGACAUGGAACCGGUCGCCCCUGCUUCUAAGGCAACUUGUAGAGACUGUAUUAAAGAGGCAAGUGGCCGGUACUCAUGUAAGGAUAACCUACUAGUUGAUAACAUGCUCACGAGUGGGUACAAAUUAUCAGCGACCUGCAGGAACAAAAUUCAGGGCAAAUGUGGACAUGGUGGGGAAAAUGAUGUGACCCAAGAUACCUACCCUACUGGGGGCAUCAACAAAGAGACGUCGGACUCCCUGCUCUCCCCUCAUUACUAUUUGCACACAGAAGCUGCCCAAGUAGCCAUUGAAGCAACAAAGAGGUUUUUUGUAGAUGCGGAGGUCGGUCUUCUGAGUCAAGUGGGUCGAGAGAUUUUCGAGAAAUUUUUCAGCUUGGAAGGCUACUCCCUUACCUUCGUGAUAGACACCACUGGAAGCAUGAAAGAUGAUAUUCUCCAAGUCAAACAACACUGCCUCAAAAUCCUCCAGGAAUAUUCCACCUCUCCGGAUGCCCCCCACAACUACAUUCUUGUGCCUUUCAACGAUCCAGAUUUUGGCCCAGCCCUUAAGACUCAGAAUGUGAAUGAGUUUCACUCCUAUAUCGAUUCCCUGACUGUUGACGGAGGUGAUGAUUGCCCAGAAAUGUCACUGAGUGGUUUGAAGUUGGCUUUGAAAGAGAGCUUACCAAGAUCCCAAAUCUACAGCUUUACCGAUGCUGAUGCUAAAGAUGAAUUCCUGAAGGAUGAAAUCAAACUUCUGGAUGACAUUACUGGGUCCACGACACACUUCAUUCUCACAGGGUCGUGUUCUUCAAAGAAGCGCCGAGCACUUGCUAAAAGGAAUACUAGAGCUUCUAGAAGAAAUUAUGAGAACGUCUAUGAAGAAUUAGCAUUCUUUUCUGGUGGCUACUAUGUGAAGACUACCAAAGACCAACUUUCUACAGUCCUUGGCAUAAUGGAGUUGUCCAUGAAUGCUGCUCCUGUUAAAAUAGCCCAUGAUUAUGUAGAUGAGUCUCAGUUCUCCUUCCCUGUGGAUGAAUCUCUCUCCGAAAUAUCAAUCUCAUUCAAGACGUUCAGGCAUAACAGUUUCCGCUUUAAUAUCUUUCAGCCUUCAGGUGACCCACUGACAAAACCUCACAUGGUGAUUGACAGAAACAAUCACAAGGUCGUGAAGAUAUCUCCUAUCCCUCAGCAAGGUCGGUGGACUGUGUCUAUGACUCCCAGCAGCUCUUAUGAGGUGGAGAUUAAAGGCAAGAGUUUGCUUGACUUUACUUACCAGAUAAUGCAGAAGCAGAAUGACUACAUGAUUCCAAUCCAAGGACGACCUGUGAAAGGUUCCAACUAUACCAUCUCCGUGAAGAUCCUGGGACCAUCCAGAGGUGCCCAGAUCCAGCGCCUGGUUAUUUCCGAUGGACUACGAGGUCCUAAUCACUCCAUCAGUUUAAACCAAACAUCUGAUGCCCUUGGCAAUAUCUUGGCCUUUGCCCCUAUUCAUCUGGAUUCAUUGUCUCCAAUGCUGAAAGUAGAAGGUCUGUCUCCUGGCCGCCUGCCUUUCUCACGUCUCAACAUAAAUCCCAUCCAUGUGGAGUUAGUGCGGAUUCUGCCCCCGGCAGACCAAAACAGUACAUUGCUGCCCGGUGGGAACCUAGAGGUCUCUGUCCAGGUGGUGAAUGAUGGAGCAGCUGAUAAAUUCACUUUUAAAGUCUGGGAUGUCCUGGGCUUCACACAGAGCUUUACACCAGAACAUCUUUCUCUGGCGAAAGGAGAGAGCACCAUUCUCACUGCAUCCUUUGUGGCACCUGCAGACAGCCCCAGCUUUGCCUCAAGUCUUGCAACAUUUUCAGCUAAAACCAGUUCAGCUCAAAACUACUUGACGCUGCCCAUCACUGUCAUUCCUGAAACAGUCUUGGAAAUCGAAAAGAUCCCACCAGUCUAUCAGUUUCUCCGAUUCGAUAUGCCGUGUGGAGCUGGCAGCCAGCACAAACCCGACUGCUCUCAGCACAUCUGGCGCAUGACAUUUUCUGCUGAGGAUGCUGAAGCUGCUGUUAUUGUCCAGAUCGACCCAAAUCCCAGCGCUUUAUCUUGCCACCGAGACGAGGGCAACACUAAGAAGCUCAUCUGUGACUAUAAGUCAAACUGCUGCUUUCCUUCAGCAGAGGUCCUGAUCCGUGAUGGGAAUGGAAACACGAACAGUUUCACAGUGGAUUACAACACGCAGCCUCCCACACCAGCCUCCUUCUGAAUUUCUGCUACGGCAUGGUAGCAUCAGCGACUAGAUGUCCAGAAGGCUCAACUGUGUCAUGAACACCAUCUGAGAGGUCCUCAGAUGUUCCUCAGUAGCAUCUUGAAUGCUAUCCAACCUGAGAAGCCAGUCAUCCAGCACUACGUCAAUAAUCGCUUUAUCCUGUCUAUCCAUUUGGUGUUCUUGGUUUUCUUGGUGGUUUAUCAAUUCCUUCCUCUGGGCAGCAUGAGAUGUCGUCUUUGCCGUGGUCACUCAGGUGAUCAUCUUCUCCGGCUGCUUUUCCUAGAGAUGCUUGCUUACUGCAACUGGACAGCUGAGAUAAC